AACUAGUGGGGGAAGAAAAUGGCAUUUGGAUUUAUUGAGGCAAAGAGACAGCUUGCUUUGUUUUAUACUAGGAUGUGUUCCUCCAAAGAAUAAAUGCCUUAUCAACUUUCAAUGGCCUAAAAUUUAUCUCUAUUUUUAUUUUCUUGGUGAAAAUUUACAACUUUUCAUUAUUAAUUCGGUGUUUUUUUUAUAUUCAUGAGGAGAAUAAUAUUCUUUUGUAUUAUGUCACAACAAAAUUAGAUAUAUUUAAACAAACAACAUUUUGUUGUUUUACAUCCAUGAAAAUUGCUUACAAAAUAAAUUUCAUAAACAACAUAUUUGAUUAUUAAUGUUUAUAAAAAACAACAUGAAAGUACACUCAUAUUCUCAUUUCAUGUAUUUUUUAUAUUGGCAUCUGCAUGCCAUCAUAGAAGUUUAAAGUGAUUUACAUGAAUCAUAAAUAUGAACGAAUGUUGAAUAUCUCUAGCAUUCAAUUUCCUUUUGCCCAAAUUCUAUUCGCAUGGGUAGGCCAGUGCAUAAGUUUAAUUGAUAGGAGUGGAGAUUAGUCGAUUAGGAAAAUGGGGUUCGGAUGUUGGUGAUUCAUAGAUAAUGUUUAAAGUUGGUGUUGGUUGAUUCCCAACAUUGAGAUCUGGCUGGAACAACAAACAUACAUAUAUACUUAUAAUGAAAGACUAAAAAUGCAUGCAACUGAAGUAGCCGCAUCGAGUUUGUAAUAACAAUCAAAUAUUCAUAGGAAAGCAUCGACUCAACCUUUUUCUUAAAAUGAUGAGUAUCAAAAUAUAAAUUUGAAAAAGGUGGAUUCAAAUUUAAAUCUUGAAAAUAGCUUACAAGAUGUUUACAAAUUAAAUUAACUAGUUAGGUGAUUGACUAUAGCCCUUUACUAUCAAUGCACAAUACCCAACACUAUUGAGAAAGGGGAAGAGAAACAUGAACCAAUGGAAUGGAACGCAUAAACUAUUGAUUUAUUUUUUUAAUGUUCUGUAAAUCAAAAUUCACUAAUAUAGUAUGUUUAUUCCUAAUCGCUAUAUAGUUUACUUAAUUUGAACUAUAAAUUUCAACCCUCUUGCAAUCCCGAAACCUCUUUUCCUUUUUUUUUCCAUUCCAUCUCCUUUUUAACCCCCCACUCAGUCGUCUCCCGUUGCUCCUCUCAUCUUCUUCCUCCUCCUCCUCCUCAUCGUCAUCAUAUCUCCCAUCAUCUUAUCAAUUUUCGUCCUUCAAUUUCUCAAAGAUACUUCUUUUCCUAUCAAAAAUCCAAUAAACAUCACAGAAAUCCAUCAAAAAUUCCACCCUUUUCCCCAAAAAAUCCCGCCGCUUCUCCCUCUCCAAAUCUCACAUGCAGCAUCCUUACCUCCUCUUCUUCCUAAUUGAUGUUGCCUUUCAUAAGUGAACUCCUACUCUCUGGUUUUAUGUUAAGCUCCACUCUCCUCCGCCGCCGCCGAACCCAUCUCGCCCAAUCAUUCUCCGUCGUCUUCCUCUACUGGUUCUACGUCUUCUCAUGAGCUCUUUAUUCCCCUAAUACCCAUCUCCAAACACUGAGCCCUUUUUUAAUUUACUACUUGUUCCCUCAUUUUCCUAUACUCCUCCUUCCUUGACUAUGGUUUCUUCCUCUGUAUUGGCUGAGAGGAAGGAGAAGAGAAUGUUGUCGAAUCGAGAAUCGGCUCGCCGUUCUCGGAUGAGAAAGCAGAAGCAUUUGGAUGAUCUUAUGUUGCAGGUGAGCUGUCUCCGGCAGGAAAAAAAUCAGAUUUUUACUGCAAUUAAUGUUACUUCUGAGCACUAUAUUGGAGUUGAAGCCGAGAAUUCUAUUUUGAGGGCACAGAUGAUGGAGCUUAGCAACAGGUUACAGUGCCUCGGUGAGAUCAUUCAUUGCAUGAACAUUGCCGGCGGCGGCGACGGUGGCGGAGUAGGUGCUGCGUUUGCGACGGGUUUACCGACUGCUGAAGAUGACUGUUUGCUCCGGCCAUGGAGUUCUCUGCUUAUAAAGCAGGGUCUUUUGGGUUCCGAUAUGUAUCAGUACUGUUAGAUUGAGGAUUAUGAGAUGUACAAGCUAUGUUUUUUUUUUAAUUUAAAUUUCUCUGUAUUAUUAUGAAAUAAAUAUUAUAUAUGUAGAAUAAU